UUGCAUAAACAGUCGCCUGCCUCAACAAGCGAGUUUCCUGGGAGUCUGACUUUAAAACUGCUAUAUAAACACGGCUUGCUAGCGUUUCCACAGACGCUUAGUAGAAUAGAAUCAGUCCUGGCUUUCCCCCGUCCCCACAUGGUGGUAGUGAAAGAAACUAGUUCUCUCUGCAUAAGGAGCGCUGAAAGCGAGGAUUUGAGGAAAUGACGACUUCUGACAGAACUCUCUGCCUCUCUCUUCCUAGAGGAGAGAGGAUUUGGGGAAUUACUUACCUUGACCAUGCAGGCACUGCACUCUUCCCACAAAGUUUACUUAAAGCCUUCACUGAUGACCUCAGUGAAAAUAUUUAUGGCAACCCUCACAGCCAGAACAUCAGCAGCAAAUUGACAUAUGACACUAUUGAACAUGUGCGAUACAGGAUAUUACAGCACUUUAAUACAACAGUAGAAGACUACACUGUUAUUUUCACAUCAGGAAGCACAGCUGCCCUCAAAUUGGUUGCAGAUACUUUCCCUUGGAUGCCUAAAACCUUGGAAGAUCCUGGCAGUCGGUUUUGCUACCUCACUGAUAGCCACACAUCUGUGGUGGGCAUGAGAGCAAUUACUGCUUCAAUGAAUGUUUUGUCUGUUCCAGUGACACCAAAGGAUAUGUUAUCAGGGGCAAAUUACAUGCUGGAUGAAAAAAAGGGCUGCAAAACACCUCUUCUGUUCUGUUAUCCCGCUCAGAGCAAUUUUUCAGGGAUUAAAUAUCCCCUUGUUUGGAUAGAACAGAUAAAAUCUGGAAAGCUCAAUCCCAUCAAUGUCCAAGGGAAAUGGUUUGUACUCCUGGAUGCAGCGUCUUAUGUCAGCACUGCUUCAUUAGACUUAAGCGCUCAUCAAGCAGACUUUGUGCCGCUAUCAUUUUAUAAGAUGUUUGGAUUUCCAACUGGUUUAGGUGCACUACUGGUAAAGAAUGAAGUUGCUUCUUGCCUGAGGAAAACCUAUUUUGGAGGUGGAACUGCAGCAGCCUACCUUGCAGGAGAGGAUUUCUAUUCACCAAGACAAUCGGUAGCUGAAAGGUUUGAGGAUGGAACCAUUUCUUUCCUUGAUGUUAUUGCACUGAAGCAUGGAUUUGAUGCCUUGGAAAGACUUACAGGUGGAAUGGAGAACAUAAAACAUCAUACAUUUGCUCUAGCUCACUACACCUAUACAGUCCUCUCUGCAUUAAAAUAUUCUAAUGGAGCACCUGUUGUGCAAAUUUACAGUGAUACAGACUUCAGCAGCCCAGAUGUCCAGGGACCAAUAAUUAAUUUUAAUCUAUUGGAUGAGAACGGAGAGAUAAUUGGUUAUUCACAGGUGGACAAGUUGGCUGGACUCUACAACAUUCACGUACGCACAGGCUGUUUCUGUAAUACUGGAGCUUGUCAACAGCAUUUGGGGAUCAGCAAUGAUGACAUCAAAAAGAACCUCCAGGCUGGUCAUGUGUGUGGAGAUAACAUUGAUGUUGUUGAUGGACGUCCCACUGGCUCUGUGAGAAUCUCAUUUGGAUAUAUGUCUACAUUUGAAGAUGCACAAACUUUUUUGAAGUUCAUUAUAGCCACUAGACUCUCUGGCUGCAAUGUGAUUGGCUGCAAUGUGAUUAAUCUUCCAUCUCCAGGAGAUGCUAUUUCAAAUUUGGUAGCAUUUCCCAGAGAGGACAGCCACACUUCUUGUAACAGUGCAAACAAGCUGCCUUUGAAAAGAAUCAUCAUGGACUCUCAGCUUAGUACCAGCUCUUCUUCAGCUAUUAUGCUAGCCAGUCUACAGUCAGCUGAGAGGCACUCAGAAACGGGCAUGGUUGGUAUUCCUGAGAAUUCAGCAGAAGCACAGCAAAGCAGCAGAAGGCCAAUCACUGUCACCAACAUUUAUCUCUACCCAAUCAAAUCAUGCGCUGGAGUUGAGGUUAUGCAAUGGCCCAUUGGAAACCAAGGUUUACUGUAUGACCGUAGUUGGAUGGUUGCAAAUCAGAAUGGAGUUUGCAUUACUCAAAAACAGGAACCAAGACUGUGUCUUGUACAGCCCAUGAUUGACCUAGAGCAAAAUGUGAUGAUCAUCAAGGCAGAAGGGAUGGAUCCUAUCUCUGUAUCCUUAGAAGAAAACAGUGGAAGACUGACAAAGAUUUCCCAAAGUAAAGUUUGCUCACACAGAGUACAGACAUGUGAUUGUGGAAGAACAGCAGCUGAUUGGUUUUCUGAGUUUCUUGGUCGGCAGUGCUGCCUGAUCAGACAAAGUUCAGACUUCAAAAGAAAUGCUAAUAAGGAUGAAAAAGGAGAAGUCUCUACAAAAGCUGCCUCACUCUCUCUAGUGAAUGAAGCACAAUACCUUCUGAUAAACAGAACAAGUAUUUUACAACUGAGAGAUAAAAUUGCUGCAAAACUAGGUGAACCAAUCCUCCCCCAGGAACUUAUCCAUCGUUUCCGCGCCAACAUUGUUAUCAGCACAAGUGAACCAUUUGAAGAAGACAAGUGGGAGGAGAUUGCAAUUGGUACUCUUCAUUUCAAGAUUAUGGGGCCAUGUCACAGAUGCCUGGUUAUUUGCAUUGAUCAACAAACUGGACAACGAAACAAUGAAUUUCUUCAGACUCUAUCUUCCACCAGAGAUAAAAAGACUAACUUUGGAAUAUACUUGAUGAAUCAUCCCACAAGACAAUUCUCCCUUCCAAAUGCUAUGUCAGUAGGAUCUCCAGUACUUCCAGUGGUGAAGAACAUCCUCCCAUUUUCACCAUCUCCAGACAAGCAAAAGUCAGGAUAAUCUUUCAGCUGAACCUACAAAUUGAGCUGUCUUGCAGAUUGCUCACACUUAUUUCAAACAUCAAGUGCCUUCUUCAAUAGUAAAAUGUCAGUUGUGUGGUAGAAUGUUUUGUACUUGCACUCCACAGCUAAUCAAAUUGUUAUUGUGGAACACUCAGAGCAAUUUUAUUUGUGGAAGAGAGUCAUAUAAGUAUUACACCAAAGAUAAAGUAAAAGAAUUGCAUUGCC